ACAAGUGGACACGAGAAGAAAACAUGUGCCGCACUGUAUAAUUAUCGUCCUCACUGUGCCCUCUCUGUCUGUUCCUUUUCAUCAGCACUGAGAAAACAAACCCCUCUCUCUCUCUCUCUAGUCUUUCUCAAAUUUCUCCUUCAACCAGAAAAAGGGUUAGCAAAAACCCUAGUCAGCAUCUCCAAAGACCCCAAAAAUAAAAAAUAAAAAAAGGCGUCCAAUUUUGGUUCUAUUUUUGCUUUACCAGGGCCCCACAUGGCGCUCAUAUCACGGACAGGUUCAUUGCACUGCUUCCGAACCAAGAUAAUUCGGAGUGAGUAUGGACAGAAUGUGAUUUUGAGUAUGGUAAACAAUGUGGAUGCAUACAAGAUGAAGGGAAACUUUGUUGGUUGCUCAUCCUUAUCAUAUAAUUCUGCCAAGAAGUCGCAUAUUUUGCAUAUAAACUGUGGAGGGGCAGGGUGGAAACGAGGGCAUAGUGUGAUUGUUGGUGCAAGUCCUCCAACAGAAGAUGCUGUAGUUGCCACAAAGCCCCUGACAAAAGAGGAUCUUGUAGGGUACUUGGCAUCUGGAUGCAAGCCUAAGGAGAAAUGGAGAAUAGGUACAGAACAUGAGAAAUUUGGUUUUGAGUUUGGAACUUUACGGCCAAUGAGAUAUGAACAAAUAGCAGAUUUGCUCAAUGGAAUUGCUGAGAGAUUUGAUUGGGAUAAAAUAAUGGAGGGUGAAUACAUUAUUGGACUCAAGCAGGGCAAGCAAAGCAUAUCACUGGAGCCAGGUGGUCAGUUUGAGCUUAGUGGUGCUCCUCUUGAAACGUUACAUCAAACUUGUGCUGAAGUUAACUCUCACCUUUAUCAGGUUAAAGCCGUAGCCGAGGAAAUGGGCAUUGGAUUUCUGGGAAUUGGUUUCCAGCCUAAAUGGGGAAUUAAAGACAUACCUGUGAUGCCCAAGGGAAGAUAUGAGAUUAUGAAAAAUUACAUGCCCAAAGUUGGCUCACUUGGACUUGAUAUGAUGUUUAGGACAUGCACUGUACAGGUUAAUUUGGACUUUAGUUCAGAAGCAGACAUGAUAAGAAAGUUUCGUGCUGGUCUUGCUUUGCAGCCUAUAGCAACAGCUCUAUUUGCAAAUUCUCCAUUCACUGAAGGAAAGCCGAAUGGCUUUGUUAGCAUGAGAAGCCAUAUUUGGACAGACACUGAUAGGAACCGCACUGGCAUGCUUCCCUUUGUUUUUGACGACUCAUUUGGGUUUGAGCAGUAUGUUGAUUAUGCUCUUGAUGUCCCAAUGUAUUUUGUGUAUCGGGAAAAGAAGUAUAUUGACUGUACUGGAAUGACCUUCCGGGACUUUUUGGCAGGAAGACUUCCUUGUAUUCCAGGAGAACUCCCAACUCUAGACGAUUGGGAGAAUCAUUUGACAACAAUAUUUCCAGAGGUCAGGCUGAAGAGGUACUUGGAAAUGAGGGGUGCUGAUGGAGGACCUUGGAGAAGAUUAUGUGCUUUGCCAGCAUUUUGGGUCGGUAUAUUAUAUGAUGAGGUUUCACUACAAAACGUUUUAGACUUGACAGCAGAUUGGAUGCAGGAAGAAAGACAGAUGUUGAGGAAUAAGGUGCCAGUGACUGGUCUAAAGACACCAUUCCGUGAUGGCUUGCUCCGCCAUGUUGCAGAAGAUGUUUUGAAGUUGGCAAAGGAUGGUCUGGAACGGAGAGGGUUUAAGGAGUCAGGUUUCUUGAAUGAGGUGGCCGAGGUGGUUAGAACAGGUGUAACACCCGCUGAGAAGCUACUGGAGUUGUAUAAUGGGAAAUGGGGACAAAAUAUAGAUCCUGUGUUUGAGGAGCUACUCUACUAAGGUGGUGAAUCAGAAUCUUUUGUUUUUGUGUGUAAACCUCAUUGAUCCUUCAGGUGUAAUCCUGGCUUCUGUUUUCUUAGCGUAUCUCAACUUGUGGUUACACACUACAUCUCACGGGAAUAAAUUGUGAUGUAAAUCUUUGGGAUGGGACUUCUCAUGUGAUUCUCAAAGAAGGGUACCCAAGGAAAAAAAAAUAAAUAAAAAUAAAAAAAUAAAAAAAAUUAAAUA